GACCUUCACACUCCUUCAACUUCAGCCAAGCAAAGACGCUUCAUAGCUGUUCAGUGAACUCGGCACAUGUUCCGUUUUUAACUGGUUAAGUAACUUUACGACGUUCCCUAAUCACCUCUUCCUGCGACCUUCGCCCCCUCGACGUAGCUGUCAGCUGAACUGUAGCAUGCAGCGGCUAAUAAAAGGAAGGCUGUGCAUGCUCAUCGGACAGCGACACAUUAUUAAAGACGUGCUCACACAUCUGCAGAGGCCGGCGGCUCGUCGAAACAUGUCGUCGUGUGGAAGCAAACGGCCAGUUUCCAUACUGGGAACUAUGGCGUUCGGUGGACGAGCCGACGCCGCGCAGAGCCUGGAGAUGGUGAAGGCUUUCCUGGGCAGGGGGCACGACCAGGUGGACACAGCCUUCAUGUAUGUCGAUGGGAAGUCGGAGGCUGUCAUAGGGGGCAUGGAUCUCCCGAAAACAGUCAGCAUAGCUACCAAGGCCAACCCCUGGGAUGGGAAGACACUGAAGCCAGAGAGUGUGCGCUCUCAGCUGGACACGUCCCUUCAGAGGCUGAGGACUGACUGUGUGGACCUUUUCUACCUCCAUGCCCCAGACCACCUGAACCCCAUCCAGGACACCCUCAGGGCCUGCAACGAUCUCCACAAAGAGGGAAAAUUCAAGGAGUUUGGCCUGUCCAACUAUGCAUCAUGGGAAGUGGCUGAAAUUGCCACAAUCUGCAGACACAACAACUGGAUUGUUCCCACGGUUUAUCAGGGAAUGUACAAUGCCACGACGAGACAGGUGGAGAAGGAGCUGCUGCCAUGUCUCAGAUACUACGGGAUGAGAUUCUACGCGUACAAUCCUCUAGCAGGCGGCCUCCUGACAGGAAAGUACCAUUACCAAGAUAAAGAUGGCUCCCAGCCCGCAGGACGAUUCUUUGGUAACAGCUGGGCUGCUGCAUACAGGGACAGGUACUGGAAGCAGAGUCAUUUUGAGGCGAUAGAUUUGGUCAUCAAGACCUUGGAGGCAGUUUACGGCUCAGAGAAACCCACCAUGACUUCUGCUGCGAUCCGCUGGAUGCACCAUCACUCCCAGCUCAAGGGCGACCUUGGUGAUGGAGUCAUCAUCGGCAUGUCGAGUAUGGAGCAACUUGAAGAAAACUUGGCUGCUGCAGAGGAGGGUCCUCUGGACGAGCGGGUGGUCUCCGCCUUCAACGAGGCCUGGAAUCUCGUAGCUCACGAGUGUCCAAACUACUUCCGCUGAACAGCCAAAAUCUCAGUCCAAUCAAUACGUUUAUACAGAAAAGAGAUCUGCUAGAGUCUCUUUCCCUUCAUUACUUUGUCCCAGAAUGACAUUUGAAAUUUUUCUUAUCCUAAUGAAUGAAUCAAUUGGAGACCAACAUGUGAAGAACAUUUCAUUGUUAAUGUACAAAUGUAAAAAUGAACACUUGAUAGAUAUUUUUUCCAUGGAAAAAUACCUUUUCUGGAGUCUGCCUUAAUUAAACUGUUACAUUAAAAAGAAAGCC